AUGUCGGAGGUCAAGCGUGACGUUCACAACCAUCUCCUCUUCGAGUGCGCCUGGGAGGUCGCGAACAAGGUCGGCGGCAUCUACACCGUCAUCAAGACCAAGGUCCCCGUCACCGUAUCAGAGUAUGGCGAUCGUUACACCCUCAUCGGCCCUCUCUCCUACAAGACCGCACCCAUGGAGGUCGAAGCCCAGGAACCCACCGACCCUCAUCUCGCCGCAACCCUCGACAGCAUGCGCGCCGCCGGUGUCAAGAUCCUCUACGGCCGCUGGCUUAUCGAAGGCGCCCCCAACGUCCUCCUCUUCGACACAGGCAGCCAGUACUCUCGUCUCGACGAGUGGAAAGGCGACCUCUGGAAUCUCGCAGGUAUCCCCACCCCACCAAGCGACCACGAAACGAACGAGACCAUCAUCUUCGGCUACAUCGUCGCCUGGUUCCUUGGAGAGUACGUCGCUCGGCAGCUUGACAAGGCCGUCAUCGCGCACUUCCACGAGUGGCAAGCGGGUCUCGCCAUCCCGCUUUGCCGCAAGCGCCACAUAGACGUCACCACCGUAUUCACCACACACGCGACUCUGCUCGGACGGUAUCUCUGUGCGGGUUCGGUCGAUUUCUACAACAAUCUGCAGUACUUCGACGUGGAUCACGAGGCAGGCAAGCGCGGCAUCUAUCACAGGUAUUGCAUCGAGCGCUCCUCCGCUCACUGUGCGGAUGUCUUCACUACGGUUUCGCAUAUCACCGCGUAUGAGAGCGAGCACUUGCUCAAGCGGAAGCCGGAUGGCGUUCUCCCGAACGGUCUCAACGUCAUCAAGUUCCAGGCGAUGCACGAGUUCCAGAACCUGCACUCUAGGGCGAAGGAGAAGAUCAACGACUUCGUCCGGGGACAUUUUUAUGGCCACUACGACUUCGAUAUCGACAACACGCUCUACAUGUUCACCGCUGGUCGCUACGAGUACCGUAACAAGGGUGUUGAUAUGUUCAUCGAGUCUCUAGCCCGCCUGAACUACCGUCUACAAAAGUCUGGGUCCAAGAUUUCCGUCGUCGCGUUCAUCAUCAUGCCUGCGUCCACCCACUCGUACACUAUCGAUGCGCUCAAAGGCCAGGCUGUCACCAAGCAGCUUCGGGAUACGGUUACCGAAAUUCAGAAUCGCAUUGGACAACGACUUUUCGAACAUGCUAUGCGCUCCAACGGCGAGCAUGCGACACUCCCUACGCCGGAUGAUCUCCUGUCCGACGAGGAUAAGGUUCUGCUGAAGCGUCGCAUCUUCGCUCUCAAGCGCAAUGCUCUCCCGCCUGUGACAACUCACAACAUGACCGACGACCACAACGACCCUAUCUUGAACCAGAUCCGUCGUGUUCAGCUGUUCAAUCACUCGCAUGACCGCGUUAAGGUCGUGUUCCACCCUGACUUCCUGAGUAGCAACAACCCCAUUCUUGGUAUGGACUACGAAGAGUUUGUCCGUGGUUGCCAUUUGGGUGUCUUCCCGUCGUACUACGAGCCCUGGGGAUAUACCCCUGCGGAGUGCACAGUCAUGGGUAUCCCCUCCAUCACGACGAACCUCUCCGGCUUCGGCUGCUUCAUACAAGACCUCAUCGAGCGUCCCCAGGACGAAGGCUGCUACAUCAUCGACCGUCGCUCCCAGUCCGUCGAGGAUUCAGUGAACCAGCUCACCGACUACAUGUUCUCCUUCUGUGGCAAGACCCGCCGGCAGCGCAUCAACCAGCGCAACCGCGUAGAGCGCCUCUCUCCCCUGCUCGACUGGAAGAACCUCGGCAUCGAGUACUCGAAGGCGCGCCAGCUUGCGCUCCGUCGGGCGUACCCCGACGCGUUCUACGGCGUGGGUGGCGAGCCUGGUGAAGAGGAGGAUCUCGACUUCGGCAUGGAGCGCAUGACGCUGCCCAUCAGCGUCCCCGCGAGUCCGCGCUACAAGAUGUCCGGCAUCGCGACUCCAGGGGACAUCGGUACUCUCACGGAGGAGAUGCAGGCCCUAGGCACCAGCGACUACCGUGGCUACCAGUGGCCGUCGCAGCAGGACGAUGAAGAGGAGGGCUAUCCCUUCCCGCUCGUUAUGAAGGUCCGUUCGCGCGCGAACUCGGUCAUGUCGGGUGCCAGCACGCCCGGAGGGGGUCGCUCGAAGAGCUUGAGCGACACCGACCUUCGCAAGGCCGAUGCAGCGCUGAGCAACGUCAACGAGUCGCAAACGAACGGUGUCAACGGUCACCAUUGA